AUGGCUCGCCGAACAUUUAAGGAAAAACGCACCUUGACCCUUGUGGCGUUUUCGUUGCGAAUGUUUUUUAUGGGAGUUGAAUACGCGGUGAUAUUCCCCUCUCUUUGGCUAUAUUUGAAAAUAUUCCAUGUCGAGUAUUGGUAUUUGGGGUUAGUAUUAUCCGCUUAUAACAUGGUCGGAAUCAUUAGUACUAUUUUGGUUGGGCGUUUGGUGGAUGCGACCCGAAAAGUGAGGUUUACAGGAUUUCUAUGGAAUCUGGCUGAAAUUUCAGGUAAUUUUAUAUAUUCAAUGCCUUUCUGGGUUGGGUUACCGCUUAUUGGUCGCAUGAUCGCCGGGUUUGGUGAAGGCUUCAUAUCAGCUAUGUGGGGUGAGCUCGCGAGAGUCACCACCAGAGAACAGAGAACACGCUACUUCGCGAUCCUAAAAGGCAGUAACCUCUUAGGGGCCGCAGUGGGCCCUGCGUUCAAUUUGUUUUUGAAGCCAAUCAAUUUUAAAAUCGGACCAUGGCCGAUUAACUUUCGUACCUCGCCUGGGUUUAUCAUGGGUUUAACAUGGAUUGUCAUGACUAUCUUUAUGUUGUUUACUGUUUCCGAUCUCUCAUGGGAACUUAGAAACAACCCUGACUAUCAGUUGCUCCUAGAAGAACCAGCGAGCAAAUUGAAGAGAAAGAAGAAGAAACCUAAACAUAGCCUUACUACUUCAAAAUCGCCAGAAAAAAGUCCUCGGCCGAUAGACAAAGAGCCCCAAUCGACAGAAAAGAGCCCUCUCGCGCCUAGAGAGGGCGUCAUCCCUACCUCGAUUCCACGUUCCCAAAAACCGUUGCCAGAUGAAGAUGAAAAAGUUGAAAACCUUCCAAAUGAAACCGAUACACCGCAUAAAAACAAAGGAAAUCCCUUUGAAAGCUUUGAUUCAACAGGUAGUGAAAGCGAGGCCGAAGAAGCGUUAAAUAUUGGAGAAACCGACAAUGUAACAUUUAGGGAUGCACUUCUAGACAUGUUUACAAAAUUCCAUGUCAUCGUUCUGGUCUAUCUUCUAUUCUUCAUGUACAUCAUCCACACUUCCCUUCAAGGCAUUGCCCCUCUCAUUGCUGAGAACAUGUUAUUGUGGAACGAAACGCAAGUCAGCCUCCUUUACACGGGCUGGGGACUGGAAAUUAUAUUGGUUGUCGUGGUCAUUUGGCUAAUCGCACCAAAAGUCUCGGAUCGCGCCAUCCUGGUGUGUGCCGUGAUAUGUGGCUGUUGUGCGUCGGCGUUUUUUAUUGUCAUGAGUUAUGCAAAACGUGGCAGUAACCUGUGUUUAUAUAGCUUUAUAAUGACAAUUCUACUCUCAGGAAUUGGGAUCUCAGUGACGGUGGUGACCGGUAGAUCAUUGGUUUCGAAACACACCAAACCAGAGAACCAAGGGCUAGUCCACGCAAUUUUAACGGGGUUUAAUCGUCUCGCUGGUCUAACAGGCCCCAUUUUCGGAAGCAGUUUAUACACCAGAAUGGUAAUCUUGGGUUGGAUUCUUUUAACUGUGAAAGUAAUCGGUUUAAUUUUGGUUUCAAUUGCUUAUAAGAAGCUUAAAGUGGAGAAAACGAAAAAGGAAGUAAAGAACUAGUUCUCAGACCUGGAAAAUAGUGGGUUUUUGAUGAGGACCCUGCAGGAAAUUUGUCUUAGCAAGAAAAUUGAGAGGAAUAUUUUCAGUUUCACACAUACGGUAUGUGAGAAUCUUAUAAUUCAGGAAUCAUUAUAUCAUAUUUCCUUAUCUGUACAUAAAUACGACCAAGUAUACUUUGUUCAAGGGCAAAUACAGGAUCUGGGGAACAUUAAACACUUUUUCAGAUCUGGUCUUGGCCAUAAAUUUAUUGAUUUAACAAAAUUUAGUUUAGUCUUUAUAGUUGGAAAUAAGAAAAUAAAUAUCUUAGCACUGGGGUCUUAGUUCAAAAUUAGCAUUUUUAGCGGAGAGUUUAAUUAAAUUACAGGCUUUGCAGGUCACCGGAUCGGAAAAUCAAUUAUGCAUAAUUUAAGAUCAAUAA